UCUAGAAUAAAAAAACUGUCAGAGAAAGUCCACCGGUCAGAUUUUUAAUUUUUUUUAAACACCGGCGAUGACCCUGAGAUCAGAGAGAAUCUUGGUGACCGGAGGGUCAGGGUUCCUGGGUCAGCACAUCGUCAAACUCUUACAGGAAAGGACGGACUACGUCAAAGAAAUACGCGUACUGGAUCUGAAACCCUUCACCAAGCAACUAGAGUAUGAGGACAAGGUUCCGCUGACCAGCAUCGUGGGCUCUGUCACAGACUGUGGGUUGCUGGAGAAGGCGUGUCGGAAAGUGUCCAGCGUGUUUCACGUGGCCGGACUCAUCAGUUUUGGAACGGCGCCAGACAUUGACGCCAUGUUUCAAAUAAACGUCAAUGGAACAAAGAAGUUAAUAGACGCAUGCGUGGAGUGUGGGGUUGGAAGGCUGGUGCUGUGUAGUACUGUUGAUGUCGUCAUCGGCUUUGACGACAUUGAAAAUGGUUGUGAGCAGACGACAGAGAAACCAAAUAAAUUUCUGUUUCCGGGAUAUCCCGAGACAAAAUACAUGCAGGAGAACAUGGUGUUACAGACCAACGGUAAACAAACUGUAAAUGGAGGAAAGCUUGCCACAAUAUCUUUGAGGGCUAAUGUGAUGUAUGGUGAAGGGGACCAUUACUACGUGGCAAAUGGAAUACGUUCUGCUCUGAGCAACAAAGGAACACUGGUUCAAGUCGGCAAUGGGAAAAGUCUAUUUCAACAGUGUUAUGCUGGGAAUACAGCCUGGGCAUUUAUAUGCGCAGACAAAGCCCUGAAAUCCAAGAACAGCAUUGGGGGACAGGCUUUUUUUGUACCAGACGACACCCCAUUGACAAGCUCAUUUGAAUUCAUGAGACCAUUUUUGGAAAGCAGAGACUUAAAGCUUUCAUCUUACAGGAUUCCAUUCCAUGUGGUCUACUGGCCGCUUGUGAUCUUUGAAUUUGUGCUGAAACUUCUGUCUCCGCUGGUGAGAAUCAAUUUUCAGACGGCCUCAUGCAGUGUGAAGUACAUCAACAUGAAUCUCUAUUUCAAGAGAGACAAGGCACACAAACUGCUAGGAUACAGUCCCUUGUUUUCCCCAAGUGAGGCCAUGAAAAUGUCUCUCAACUUUUACAAACAUAUGAAGUUGUAAUCUUUCAUUUAUAAAAUCUUACAACAUUGUACUCCAUGUUUAAAAUGAAAUAGAUUUACAAUGUACAAUAUCUAAUCUGAUAAAUCUUUCAUGCAUCCUACCCCU